AUGCCACCAUCUACCGCAACGACUUCAUGGACGCUGAAAUGCACAGAUCUACCGCAGUUCGACGCUUUGGAAGCCGAGGCUGACCUGUUCCGCACUGACGAUAAGCUCCAUUUGCGAAAUCUUUGCAACAAUUCCGCGCGCUGUGCGGGUCUGACGGUUGUAUACACCACGCCUGGGCAUAGAAAAAUUGUGUACGACUACAGUCGGCAAAGAGUUACCGGAGAAACUAUCGCUUUGCUGUUUCAUUUGGCCGAUGCCGUUGGUCUUGCGGAACGCCGCGAAGCCAUGCGCACGGGACAGCGCAUCAAUUUGACGGAAGAUCGACCCGUUCUACACCACGUCUUACGUAUGCCCGCGGACUUUCACUUUGUGAGACACGAUCCUAUGGCUGGUAAAGAAGGCGGUGCACAGGCUACGGAUGGCGCGACGACCUUGCGGAACGUGCACGAGGUACGCGAGCGAGUACGGGAUUUUGCCGAACGGGUUCGGUCGGGAGCGUAUAAAUCUGUCAAACACAAGCAUUUUCGCAAUACAAUCGUAAUUGGAACGGGCGGUUUUAAAAUCGGGCCUCAAUUCGUUGCGGAUGCGCUUCAGGCUGACCCGGCCGCGAUGCAUGGAUCGGCAGGACGCAGGUUACUUUUUUUGUCGAAUAUGGAUCCGGUUGACUUUAGUACUGUCGUUGGCGAUCUCGACCCUGCCGAGACGCUUGUUGUGGUAGUCAGCAAAACUUUCACAGCACCCGAAACCAUAUUGAAUGCUCGUACGGCAAAGACUUGGUUGGUACAAAACAUGGCCGUUGGUGGCAUCACCGAAAAUGAAAUCGUCGGCAAACACAUGAUUGGAAUCACAUCUAACCCGACAUUGUGUCAGAAGUUCGGGAUUCGCAGAGAAAAUAUUUACAUGCUCUGGGAUUGGGUCAACCCGCGGUUCUCUGUAUGUAGCGCAGCUGGUCUUCUUCCGCUAUCGAUUCAUUUCUCGUCUGAGGUUUUGUCGGAAGUUCUGAAUGGGGCUCACGAUAUGGACAAGCAUUUUUUUCACGCCCCCCUCGGCGACAAUAUCCCGGUCAUUAUGGGACUCUUGGGAGUGUGGAACUCCACCUUUUUGGGAUACCAUUGUCGCGCUGUUUUGCCUUACAGUCACGCCAUGAGAAGCUUUCCUAAUUUUGUCCAGCACGUUGAUAUGGAAAGCAACGGAAAACGCGUUGCGCUCGAUGGUAGCAGCCUAUUGCAUCGCAGCGCUGAAAUAACUCUAGGGGAACCUGGAACCAAUGUACAAAAUGUCUUAAUGCAGCUAAUGCAUCAAGGGCGCCCUUUCCCAGCCGAUUUUAUUGGAUUUAUGGAAGCGCAGCAGCACAUUCAUUUGGAGAACGAAGCCCUGUCGAAUCACGACGAGCUUAUGUCAAACUUUUUUGCACAGCCCGACGCACUCGCCUACGGGAAAACCUUAGUCGAUCUCAUCCAAGAGGGCAUCCCUGAACCGCUUCGGGAACAUAUGGUUUUUAACGGUAAUCGACCAAGCAGCAGUAUUCUGAUGACACGAUUAGAUGCCUUUGCCGUUGGGCAGCUGAUUGCCAUGUAUGAACAUCGGACUGCGGUCCAAGGCUUCAUAUGGGGUAUCAAUAGCUGGGAUCAGUUCGGUGUCGAGUUGGGCAAAGUUCUAGCUACGCACAUACGCUCACAACUAAGCGCAUCUCGAAAGACAGGAGCUUCGGUUCAAGGAUUCAACUCGUCAACGAGUUCACUUCUAGAGCAUUUUCUAGCGCAUGGAAAGCACCCCGAGCCGACCUCUACAGAAAAGACUUUGUAA